AUCGCUGAGGAGGCGCUGCCGGGGAGGGCCGCCAGGGCCGCCAGGGCUGCGGCGCACUCACCGGUGUGUUCCCACACCCCCCCCCGGGGACAAAAUGGCGCCACCCCGCUCAGGCCGGGCGCCGCUUUCGGAUGCCUGAACAGUGCGACAGACACUGACCAAUGAGAGCGCACGUUACUGGGGAGUCGUCCAGGACUAUAAUUGUCCCACCAAUCAGAAGCGGUGUCCUUCGGUUGCUAGGAGGUGGGGAAAGGCGGCUGCUGGCUGAGGGCUACUGAAGAAAUGCAGCUGGGAUGACUCUUCAGGAGAUGGUGAAGCAGGCAGCUAGCCUGUACUCAGAUAGAAAAGCAGUUUGGUUUGAUCAAUGCAAUGAUGAACCUCCAACUUUCUACACAUACGCAACACUGGUUAAACUUGCCACGGAGUUAACAGCUUUCCUUCAAAAGCACUGCAGUCUCCAAGGAAAAUGUGAAAUAGGCCUUUACUGCUAUCCAGGAAUAAACUUACCCUCUUGGAUCUUAGGAAUCCUUCAGGUUCCAGCUGCCUACUCUCCUAUUGAUCCAGAUGCACCACCAGUGUUAUCUACAUACUUCAUAAGGAAAUGCAAUCUUCGAUAUAUUCUUGUUGAGAAUGACAAAAUAAAGAAAUUUCAAAUGACCCACGUUGGUUGGUUUUCUUGCAAUUCUUCUGCAGUAGAACAUAUGGGUUUAACUCUCUUCCAAACAAGCUGGACCCACACCGAUGUAAAUUCACAAGCAGACAAUGUAAACAGUAAAUAUGAACCUUUCAAGGCUAUGGGUAACUCACAGCCAGGAAAUACUGUUUGCCCAGAGCAACUCAAAGUAAAAACACCAGAAGGAGGAUACAUGGAUGUUGGCCAGAAAUGCUCUUUAGCAUACGUCUUGCAUACAUCAGGAACUACUGGGACCCCCAAAAUUGUCCGAGUACCUCAUAAAUGUAUAGUGCCAAAUAUUCAUCAUCUUAAAUCCAUAUUUGAGAUCACACAGGAUGACAUGCUAUUCCUGGCUUCUCCUCUAACAUUUGACCCAUCUGUGGUUGAAUUGUUCACUGCGCUGACCAGUGGAGCCUCAAUUCUAGUAGUCCCAAACACCGUUAAAAUGAUGCCUUUGGAGCUGUCUGCUGCUCUAUUUCGCCAUCACCAUGUGACAGUGCUACAGGCAACACCAACACUUCUCAGAAGGUUUGGAGCUCACAUUAUUAAGUCAACAGUGUUGUCUGCAGAUACUUCACUCCGAGUCUUAGCUCUUGGUGGUGAAACCUUUCCCAUACUGAGUCUCUUGAAAAGUUGGAAGCACCAGGAGAACAGAACAAGUAUUUUUAAUCUAUACGGUAUCACCGAAGUGUCAAGCUGGGCCACUUGCUACAAGAUUCCUGAAGAGGUUUUUAGUGCUGAUUUUAGAACUGAUUUCUCUGUACCUUUGGGAUCACCGCUCCUUGGAACAACAGUUGAGGUCAGAGACGACAACGGUUCUGCAGUUCUAGAAGGCGAGGGACAAGUAUUUAUAGGUGGUGAGGAACGAAUCUGCUUUCUUGAUGAUGAGAUAACUGUACCCCCGGGCACAAUGAGAGAAACAGGGGAUUUUGUAAGAGUGCAGAAUGCACAGAUGGUCUUCUUGGGUCGGAAAGACAAUCAGAUUAAACGUCAUGGCAAACGUUUUAAUAUUGAAUGUUUGCAGCAGGCUGCUGAAGAUCUUUGUCAGGUAGAAGCUUGUGCAGUGACCUGGUAUCAGCAGGAAAAACUUAUCCUAUUUGUUGUGCCCAGUGGUGAUUUAGAAGAGAGAGAAACUCUUCAAGAACUUCAAAAAUGUCUGCCAGCUCACGCAAUUCCUGAUGAGCUUGUACGGAUUAAAUCUUUGCCUUUAACAUCACAUGGCAAAGUUGAUAUAUCUGAACUGAACAAGAUUUACCACAACCAUCUAAACUCCAGAAGGCGUGACAGUAAGCUGAAUGGCGCAGAGGAAUUGUGGGAAAGAUUGCAGUAUUUAUGGAAGUCUGUUCUGGGUUUCCUAGGUGAUUCCAGUGGAAUUUCUAGAGACGCAGUAUUUCUUCACAGUGGUGGAGACUCCUUAAAGGCUCUUCAAUUUUAUGAUGAAAUUGAGAUGCUAGUAGGCAGAGCUGUGCCUGGACUCCUGGAAGUUAUUCUCAGCCGCACGAUCGAACAGAUUUAUACACAUAUUCUUAAAACCGUGUUUCCGGAUGAAGACCAACUAACAAAUAAUGACAAUGCUUUGAAAAGAAAACUAAGUGGGAAUGAUGGAGAGGAAAUCCAUGGAAAAUAUGGUAAACUGAAAUCUGAAAGAAAUCUUGAGGUUGUUCCAGGAUUAAUUUCAUUUAUUGCACUGAGCAGAGGAAAUCAUUUUCUUUCUAUGAAUUUCACCAAGUCUUUAAUGCAACCCAAUAAUACAGCACAGGUCGGAGUGGAACCACUACAACAACCAUCCCUUCUGCAUUUAGCGACUCCAAGUAUAAUGAAAAGCCAUGUGCAAGGGCACGAAAUGGAGAAAAACAGAAUUUUAACAGUUAACAACAUGGCAAGUAAAACUGACUGUAGCUCUGUGCAGCAACUCCGCGCAGAAUGUAGUCAUGUAACAACAGCAGAGUUGACAUUAUGCAUAAGAUGGAAGUCAAAUACAAGAAAAUGUGUUGAUGCAUCGCCGUUGGUUAUAAUACCUUUUAAAGAUGAAAUAUCUGCAUCUGUAUAUGUUGGCUCUCACUCUCACACAAUGCAGGCCAUUGAUCUAGAUUUGGGAGAAAUAAAGUGGGAGAAGACCCUUGGAGAUCGUAUUGAAUCUUCUGCCUGCAUAUCUAGGUGUGGGAAUUUCAUCAUUGUUGGCUGUUACGACGGCUUAGUGUACGUGCUCCAAAGCAGUGAUGGAGAAACCCACUGGACUUUUGUCACAGAAGAUACCGUGAAAAGCUCUGCAGUUGUAGAUCCUUCCAGCGGGCUAGUCUACAUAGGAUCUCAUGACCAACAUCUGUAUGCUUUGGAUAUUUAUAAAAAGGUGUGUAUAUGGAAAUUGCAUUGCGAAGGUGGAGCUGUGUUUUCCUCUCCUUGUCUAAGUUCUUUUCCACAUCAUGUUUAUGUUGCUACACUAGGAGGACUCUUACUGGCUGUAAACCCGGUGACGGGGAAUAAGAUUUGGAAAAGCUUCGUGGGAAAACCACUUUUCUCCUCUCCUCACUGCAAUGAGAAGUGUGUUUGUAUUGGGUGCGUGGAUGGAAACUUGUAUUGUUAUACUCAUUCUGGAGAAAAGGUUUGGCAGUUUCCCACUAAUGGACCGGUGUUUUCAUCUCCAUGCAUCUCAACUUCAACUAAGCAAGAAAUAUUUUUUGGCUCCCAUGAUCGCUUUAUCUACUGUUGUAAUACGGAGGGUAAUUUACUGUGGAAAUUUGAAGCUACUUCAAGCGUUUAUGGAACACCAUUUGUUUUCCAAAGUGAUGACUUAAAGAACAAAAUCCUUUUGGCAGCAGUAUCUACAGAUGGCACAGUGUGGAUCCUGAAUGCCAAGAGCGGAACAGCAGAAGGAGUAGCUAAGCUUCCAGGAGAAGUUUUCUCUUCCCCUGUAGUAUGGGGAAGAAAGCUUGUUGUUGGCUGUAGAAAUGAUUAUGUUUAUUGCCUAGAUUUGUGUAUAACAGGAGAAAAAGAACAACAAGGCUGUUAGGCUGCUACCUUUGUGUUGUUUACAUGUGUACAUUAAGAACUCACAGGUGCUGUCUACCUCUCCGCCUGUUUUGCUGAAGACAAGAGAUGCUCCUUGCAUACUUCUCAGGUAGCAUUUUGCACCACGACAACAGCCAGAGCAGGUAAGUGAUGCUCGUUGACUUCCUGUACUGAUGACUGAAGGCUGGCUGCUCAGCACCUAGCCCAAAGUUUCACUGUCCCUCCCUCACUUCCCAGCUCAGGUUCAUGAAAGAAAUGGUUUCAAAUGGUUUGGAUAUGAGUGUUGUGCUUUUUACAGGUAUAGUAGGAAAUUAAUAGGUAGUAGUUUGGCUUCAAGCACUUAGGCAAUUGGGAGAAACUGGGGUAAGGUGCAGUACUGUGCAACUUGAAUUAACAUGCUUGUCUCGGUGAGGGAGGAACAUGUUCUUUCCUAGGAUCCAGACGAACUUCUCCCCUGGGCUCCUUUUAGCCCAGCCUGUGCCUAGCUCUUCCACGCAUCAGGCUGCUGUUUGUCUGGUUUGAGUGGGUUUCUAUUCCGUGGCAAGGUAACCUAAGUCCUUUGUUGAUUCUAACUUUUAAGAUGAUUUCUGAGGACAUAUCCUGCAUUCCAUGGACUUGGGAGUAAUGACUUUUUGUUAUAGUUUGUAUAAACUACAUAAUUAAUCUUUUGCAAGCCUGAGCCCUCCGUGGCAUCAGUUCAGCCAGGCAUAUACUUUUAAACUCCAUUAAAGUCAGCACGAGUUACUUCCUCUAUUCUGAAGUGGAAAGGUACUUUGCUGUGUAUAUUUAUUACAUUGCAAUGCCAAGUUACUGUAUGAGUUCCAAGGUGAAGUGUAUAGUGUUCAAGUCAAUGCUUGCCAAAUCAUUUUUGAAGAAAUUUGAAUUAAUGCUCUUUACAGUGUAUUUACAGAAAACUAUUAAUAAAGGAUUGUGUAGAUUUUUGUGGUUGUCCUUAACCCCUUAAAAAGAAUUAAUGCCAGUAAUGCAGAUCGAGUAUUUACAGACAAAAGUACACUUAAACUCUGAGUGUCUUCCUGAUUACCAGUCAUCUAAAAGAACUCUUGUGGAAGCUAUUAUUUCCUUCUCACGAGCCAUCUACUUUAAAUUCUAACAGCCUGAGUUAACUUAGCCUCUUCAAAUUCUAAUUUAUUUUUUACUUCAUCAUGUCUUGUUCCUCUAUGUUAUUGUUAACAGAAAUGCAUAGGCAAGACACUUGUGGCACUACAAGGUCUAUUGUAAAGCAAACCUGAACUACAGCGAUACCAAAAGGAGACACAGAAUUGAUACACCCUUGCUUAGAUAAUUUUGACUGGGUUAUAAUUUAAUAGGAAUUAAAAUGACAUAAGUAUAAUAAACAAUUGCACUUUAAAACAUUUGAAAAAUUAAAAAAGUACACAACAAAUACCCCACAAUUAUACAGCUUAUAGUUUUUAUACAUUACUAUAUGAACAUAGAGGUUAAUCAUAUAUAACCUUGUCAGAAGAAAUGGUAUUUCAUGUGUUUAAGUUACAAAAAAUUGAGACAAUAUACUACAUAGUGGUUUGUUCGGUUCUUAAAACAUUUUUUUCUGUUUUAAAGUCAGUAGUAAUGUUUUGGUGGUUUGUUGUUUUUUGUCUUUUUUUUUUCUUACAGAUUUCCAACACUUUAUCAGUAAUGGUUGCAACAAAGAUAAAGCAAAGUAACACUUCACUUCAUUGGUAUUUAGUGCAAAUUUUUGUUAAUUUAACAUGAAAUGUCACUGUUAAACAUGUACACUUUAGAAAUGUUUCCACCAAGUACUGUACAGAAUACAGUUUCCAUUAUUACACUAGAUACCUUUAUGGUUGAAAACAACUUCUGCUUUGAAGCUUUAGAUUAAGACCGUCCUUAAUGAAAGCUCUAUUCUAUGUGCUAGAAGUGUAUUGUAUUGGAAAAUUGCAUCAUCAUGUCAUGCACAAUAGCACCUAAUUAUGCUAUGCUUUUUCAAAUACUUUAAUCCUGAUUUACUUCACCUUCUCUGUAUUUCUGCCUGGAUCCCUGUCCCAGGAAAUAAUCCUGAAGGCGGGUUUCAGGCAGUUUAGUUCUUGUAAUUACAAAUAGUGCAGGCUUAUAAACUCAGAAAAAAAAAGUGUAAAUCAAACUUAAGCAGCACUAAUUCAUGGUGCUUGCAGAGCAAAAACAGUUAUGGGCCCAAUUCUUUCUCAGAUAAGAUGUUCAAAGUAAAAAUCUCUGCAAGCUGAAGUAUUUUUUUCCAAAUAUUUGAGAACAACAUUGCCCCAUCUCUGUACAAAACAUUUAAAAUACUUAUAUUAAGAGAAAAAAAAGUUACUUGAGAGAUUCUGGUUU